AAUGACGAUGAAGUACGGAGAGCUAGCUGCGUAAAACGAUCCCUCAGCCAAUAAAAGUUCAGGCUAAAAGAAUCCGUAAUUUGCAUACGCUGCCUAUAAAAGCAGUGCGCUGAGGCUGAGUUUGCAUCCGCGUUAGUGGGUUUCUUAGGAGUUAGUGUGGUUAAAGAUUGAUUAAAAUGCCUGAGCCGGCCAAGUCCGCUCCGGCGCCCAAGAAGGGCUCCAAGAAAGCGGUGACCAAGACGCAGAAAAAAGGUGACAAGAAGCGGCGUAAGAGCCGCAAGGAGAGCUACUCCAUCUACGUGUACAAGGUGCUGAAGCAGGUGCACCCCGACACGGGCAUCUCGUCCAAGGCCAUGGGCAUCAUGAACUCCUUCGUCAACGACAUCUUCGAGCGCAUCGCCGGCGAGGCCUCGCGCCUGGCGCACUACAACAAGCGCUCCACCAUCACCUCGCGGGAGAUCCAGACGGCCGUGCGGCUCCUGCUGCCCGGCGAGCUGGCCAAGCACGCCGUCUCCGAGGGCACCAAGGCCGUCACCAAGUACACCAGCUCCAAGUAAGCUGCUGCUGUGCCCUGUGCCAGACCUGCUCGACCCAAAGGCUCUUUUAAGAGCCACCCACCACCUCAGUAAAAGAGCUGAUGCUGCGGUGACUUGUACGUAGCUUAGGUUCAUUUUGGAAAAAGAGAAAUAACUGUGUGACAGUGCUGUCCGUUUUAAGGAAUGCGGAAUAUGUGGGUGCUCGCGGUAAACGGUGUUCUCCGAGUCUGCCUUGCUGGAGCAGGGAACGCUUGCGAUUCACUCUAGUUACCCCGGGGACCGGCUUCACUUCCGCGUACAGUUGCGGGCGUGGUGGGUGGAGAGGGGGGAUUAAACAAUCACCGAACGGUGUAGGUGUUCUCUUUAAAUGCCCGAAACAAGCAUAUUGCCGAUAGGCGAUACUUGCUCUUUUUCCCCGUGAGGCACUUAAGCGGAAUGGGGAACAUCGAAAGCACGGACGGUUCAGGAGGACCGUCUGCCUUUGGUUUUCUUAAUCAGCAAAAAGCUCCAGGCUCGAUCCCCCCCGCCCACACCGUUAGCGUUCUCGCGGGCGACUGGAAGAAGCAAAGCAGAUCGCUUCACGGCGUUCUCGACCCUCAGCCGCGCAGCCCUGCCUGUGCGCCCGAGCGCGAUCUAACCCGCAGCGCCCUUCCGCGGCUCUCGCCCUCUUUCUGCCUCUACCGCUCUGUUCCCCCGCGUCCCGAAAAUCCUGCAGCCGAGCAGCCCGCGGGAGCAGGGGCGGGCCGGGGCAGCGGGAGAGGCACCACUGCCGGGCUCGAACCGACCUGAGUGAGGACUGCAUGGCGCGCGGCCCUGCGCGACGCUGCUCCCGAGAGGGCGGGGAUUGGUCGCGGUGGCGCUCGCGGCUCCGAGCCCGUCCCCGCUCCGCCGAGGAGCGACGGGCCUUAAACCGGGGCGGGGGAGCAGCCGGGAAACGUUCGCGCGCCUACCGCGUUCCUGCUCCGGCUCUGAACCGAGCGCCGUUACCGAGUGUGAGGAAACGGCGAGUGCUGGGGAGAGACGGAGGCUGCCGGCAGAGGAAGUUCGGCCAGCAGACCCGAUGCUUCAGGUUUUGGGGGCGGGUUGGGAAGAGCAUGCUAGAAUCGUUUGGGUCGGAAUGAACCUUUAAAGGUCGUCCAGUCCAACAUCCCCUGCAAGUAGCGGGGAUAGGUCAACUAGAUCAGAUUGCUCAGAGCCCCGUCCAACCUGACCUUGAAUAUCUCCAGGGAUGGGGCAUCUACCACCUCUCUGGGCAACUUGUUCCAGUGUUUCACCACUCUCGGCGUAAAACACUUCUUUGUGGUAUCUGGUCUAAAUCUACCCUCUUCUAGUUUAAAACCAUUACCCUUUCGCAACAAGCCCCGCAAAAAAAGUUUGCCCCCAUCUUUACUACAAGUCCCUUAAAAAGCCAAGGCCGAGACAGUGGACCGAAAGGGGCUCCUACACCAGCCACCUACGGUAGUUCCUGCCACCUCCCCGCCGCCGAAACCGGUUUUUCUGGGGACAGUCCACGCAUAUGCCUCCUUAGACCCCGGGGGAGCCUGUGCUAAAGCGGCCUAGAG